AUCGGUCCCAAGGAUUUUUUGGUUGGUAGUUCGCGACCACCAUGAGGAAUCACAAGAAACUGCUGCAGUUCCUUCGACCGGACCCGGCGGUGGCGGCGGUCAAGAUGCCGUCAGACGACGACGAAGACGACGACAGGUGUACCCCGCUGCCGUCGCCGAUGUCCAGCGGGAGCGCGAGCACGUCGGCCGCGGCCUCCCCGUCGCCGUACAUGCCUUCGCCGUGGGUCAACCUCCCGGGGCUCGGCGCCGGGUCCGCGCUGGCCGGAACGGGCGAGACAGGCCUUCUCGGUUCCCUUGUGAAGGCGGACGGGCACGUGUACUCAAUGGCCGCGGCGGGGGACCUGCUCUACACCGGCACCGACUCCAAGAACGUACGAGUGUGGAAGGACCAGCGCGAGUUCGCCGGGUUCAAGUGCGGGAGCGGCCUCGUCAAGGCCAUCGUCGUCGCCGGGGACGGCAGGAUCUACACGGGCCACCAGGACGGCAAGGUUCGCGUGUGGCGCGCCUCCGCCGACGACCCCGCCGUGCACAACCGCGUCGGCUCGCUCCCCCGGCUUGGCGAGCUCCUUCGGAGCUCCGUUCGCCCGUCCCACUACGUUCAGACUGGCCGGCGCAAGCAGAGCUCGCUCUGGCUGCGCCACUUCGACGCCGUGUCGUGCCUCAGCCUGGACGCCGAGGCCGGGGUGAUCUACUCCGGGUCCUGGGACCGGACCUUCAAGGUGUGGCGCGUGGCCGACUCGCGGUGCCUCGAGUCCGUGCGCGCCCACGACGACGCCGUGAACACGGUGGCCGCGGCCGGGUUCGACGCGCUGGCCUUGACCGGGUCGGCCGACGGCACGGUGAAGGUGUGGCGGCGGGAGGACGGGAAGCACGGCGCGACCAGGCACGUCAUGGAGCGGGUGCUGCGGAAGGCCGACAGCGCGGUCACCGCCAUCGCCGUCGCCGCGGAGGCACGGGUAGUGUACGUCGCGUCGUCGGACGGGGCGGUGACGCACUGGCAGUGGCGUCGCGGCGCCGCGCGGGAAAGCGCGCCGAGGAACGGCGGGGCGCUGCGCGGCCACAGGAUGGCCGUCCUGUCGCUCGCCGUCGCCGGGCGCGUGGUGGUGAGCGGGUCCGCCGACCGGACGGUCUGCGUGUGGCGCCGCGACGAGGGCGCUGACCACUCCCGCCUCGCCGUGCUCACCGGCCACACGGGCCCGGUCAAGUGCGUGGCCAUGGACGAGGAGGAGUCCCUGGACGCGGACGGGCACCGGCGGUGGGUGGUGUAUAGCGGCAGCCUCGACGGCUCCGUCAAGGUGUGGCGCGUGUCCGACGCGCCGGACGCUAUGGCGGCAAUGGCGCGGACGCCGGCGCACGUGUGGAAGGGCUCGCCGUCGCCGCUGGGCGCGUGGAGUACGCCGCGCCGGGCGCUAGAGCGGAGUUGAUCGAGGCGCGGCGCCUGUUUGAACGUGUAAACCGUGCGAGUGUACGAGAGCUGUUGAGUUAGGCUUUAGAUACGCAUACGUACGUGCAACGUACAAUCAUACCCCGUAUGUACUGUACGUGUGGUGUUGCGUAUAUUUGAUUUGUUUAUUGAAUUUUUCUCCCAGACCGCCGAAAUGGAUGUUUGUGCACUCUCGUCUAAGCAAGGAAUAGUUCUUUCUCUCUA